AUGGUACAGCUGUUGUACACUCCUCCACUCGAAACUCGGCUCGAAGGUCUUGAGCUCCCCCAAGAGCUGCGCGACCUCAUCACUUCGCGCAUUGUCACGGUCGAGUCGUCCACUACAGAUGAUGACCGCGGCGAAGACCGUAGUAGGACCAUCUCGCACGAGGUCCUUGUGAGAAUCUCGAAAUGGAGCAAGAAAGAUGAAGAUCGUUCAAGUGAGUCUGAGCAUGUGAUUGUGUCGCUUGAGUGAAAGACUAGAAGCUGAUCUGCAAUCUCUCUCCUAUCAGGCCGAUGCUCCCUCGCAUCGCUCUUGGCGUUGACCGACGUGUAUGCUCCCCCACUCAAGCCCAGGGAAAAGGUUAGAAUAUUUGAGCACGUAUGUGAUACUUCGUGUUUGGCUGCUCAAUCGUAAUCGGUCUCGAUCGCCCUCACCCAGUCGCCGGAGCUCCUUGCGAUCCUAGCCAAGAUCCAGCUCGACCAAGAUCGUGAAUCGUACAAAGCCAUGACCUCGACUGGCCCAACGUCCUACUACCGUUCAACAUUGCCCAUGAAGGACCUUCACGACCCCGAGUUCGCUGGGCGUACCACGACCGAAGCCGAGGAUUGGCAGCUCGUCCGGAAGCAAGUGUCUGCGAUCGCCAAUGUCGGAGCGAGCAUGGCUGCGGUUGGCACGGGAGUAUGGUGGGUCGGAGGUGGGAGGACCUAUGCUGCUGUGAGUCCCAAGCAUGAUACAAGGCCUACAGCAAGAUCCACUGGCGCUUUCGCGUCUUGGACGAUUCGGGCUGACUUGGAAUCAGAGCUGGGUACCUCACAGCGCCUCGUUCUCGCGCUCACCGGAGCGGUGUUGAUCGGGUUGAUCGAAACCUUCCUGUACUAUCGCUUCUUCACGCGAGAAAAAGGAUCGAUAGGCGUCGGAUUGACCAAGACCAAGCGGUUGCGGUUCGAAAAGCUGGUCGUACCCGACGUAUCGCCGUUCCUUCUCGGCGCACCGGAGAGCUCGGCGAAGGUAAGGGAGUAG